AUGCCCGUACUUUGGAAAAGCCGCGACCGGGAGAAAAUGCCUGCCCCCCGGAGCCCGUCCCCAGUGCUGAAGCCCCUAUCGGCCCUGGCUGUUCCGGGGAUGUUCCUCUUCUAUAAAUACAACGAGAUAAAACGCCAAUCAAGCCAUCCUACUGUCCCUAAGCGGACAACUGUGACAGAGAGGGAGUUGGACCACCUCAACCAUAAAAUUGACAAGUUGUUGGCGAAGAUAGACGACCACGAACACAGCAAUACGAAGAUUCCGAAAGAAGACGAAGAGUGUGUGAUAUGUAUGGCUGCCAAGGCAACGAUGCAGACCUACCCAUGCGAGCACAAGGUCGUGUGCCGGAAGUGCUUUGUCAAGACCAUUCAGACAGCGAUUGCGCAGAGGUCACUGCCACUCCGGUGCGUCAUUUGCCGGAGUCAAAUUCUCAAACUUCGCCAAGUGUCAUCAGGUAGCAAAAAGAAGUCGAAACCCCAGAAAUCGCUUGGCCACAAACUAUUCACACGAACGCCAAUACAACUACCCUUGUGUACGAAUUAA